CUCCUCGGCCGGGAAGCGAUGUAGGAGCCGCCAGGCCGUUCCCCGCCCUGCCCGGCCGAGCCCCGCGGACCGCCGCCACCGCCGCCGCCAUGAAGAAGCAGUUCAAUCGCAUGAAGCAGCUGGCCAACCAGACCGUGGGCAGAGCUGAGAAAACAGAAGUCCUCAAUGAAGAUCUGUUACAGAUUGAGCGGCGCCUGGACACGGUGCGGUCAAUGUGCCACCAGUCGCAUAAGCGCCUGAUGGGCUGCUUGCAGGGCCAGCAUGGCACCGACGCCGAGAGGAGACAUAAAAAACUCCCUUUGACAGCUCUCGCUCAGAAUAUGCUAGAAGCGUCGACUCAGCUAGAAGACUCUCUCUUGGGGAAGAUGCUGGAGACCUGCGGAGAUGCUGAGAAUCAGCUGGCUCUAGAGCUCUCUCAGCAUGAAGUCUUUGUCGAGAAGGAGAUUUUGGACCCUCUGAAUGGCAUAGCUGAGGUGGAAAUCCCCAACAUCCAGAAACAGAGGAAACAGCUGGCUAGAUUGGUAUUAGACUGGGAUUCCGUCAGAGCCAGAUGGAACCAAGCUCACAAAUCUUCGGGAACCAACUUUCAGGGGCUUCCAUCAAAAAUAGACACUUUAAAGGAAGAGAUGGAUGAAGCUGGAAAUAAAGUAGAACAGUGCAAGGAUCAACUUGCAGCAGACAUGUAUAACUUUAUGGCCAAAGAAGGGGAGUACGGCAAAUUCUUUGUUACGUUAUUAGAAGCCCAAGCAGAUUACCAUAGAAAAGCAUUAGCAGUCUUAGAAAAGGCCCUCCCCGAAAUGCGAGCCCAUCAAGAUAAGUGGGCAGAGAAGCCAGCCUUUGGGACUCCAUUGGAAGAACACCUGAAGCGGAGCGGGCGUGAAAUCGCGGUCCCCAUCGAAGCCUGCGUCAUGCUGCUCCUGGAGACAGGCAUGAAGGAGGAGGGCCUUUUCCGAAUCGGGGCUGGGGCCUCCAAGUUAAAGAAACUGAAAGCUGCCUUAGACUGUUCUACGUCUCACCUGGAUGAGUUCUAUUCAGACCCCCAUGCUGUAGCAGGUGCUUUAAAGUCCUAUUUACGGGAAUUGCCUGAACCCUUGAUGACUUUUAAUCUGUAUGACGAAUGGACCCAAGUUGCAAGUGUGCAGGAUCAAGAUAAAAAACUUCAAGAUUUAUGGAGAACAUGUCAGAAGUUGCCACCACCGAAUUUUGUUAACUUUAGGUAUUUAAUCAAGUUCCUUGCAAAGCUGGCUCAGACCAGCGAUGUUAAUAAAAUGACUCCCAGCAACAUUGCAAUCGUGUUAGGCCCUAACUUGUUAUGGGCCAAAAGUGAAGGAACGCUUGCUGAAAUGGCAGCAGCCACAUCUGUUCAUGUGGUUGCAGUGAUUGAGCCCAUCAUUCAACACGCCGAUUGGUUCUUCCCAGAAGAGAUUGAAUUUAAUGUGUCAGAAACAUUUGCGCCUCUCGCCAUCCCGAAUUCCAAUCACUCAUCCCACACUGGAAAUGACUCUGACUCAGGGACCCUGGAGAGGAAGCGGCCCGCCAGCAUGGCAGUGAUGGAAGGGGACCUGGUUAAGAAGGAGAGCUUUGGUGUGAAGCUUAUGGACUUCCAGGCCCACCGGCGGGGUGGCACUCUAAAUAGAAAGCACAUAUCCCCCACUUUCCAGCCGCCACUCCCGCCCACAGAUGGCAGCACCUUGGCUCCUGCGGGCCCAGAGCUCCCUCCCCAGAGCUCUAGAGCUGAAAGCAGCACAGGGGGUGGGGCUGUCCCCUCCUCUGUAGGCACGCUGGAGCAGGGGCUGAGCCCGGGCGAUGGCAGUCCUCCAAUAUCCAAGGACUCUGUGUCUGCAGCUGUGCCUGCACCGGGGAGGAACAGCAGUCAGAUAAGCCCUGGCCCAAACCAGGCCCAGGCAGCUGCCAGCUCCCAUCAGCUUUCAGCCGGCCCAGCUCACAAUUCUGCUGGUCCCAGCCCUCACACUCUGCGCCGAGCUGUUAAAAAACCUGCUCCAGCACCCCCGAAACCAGGAAACCCACCUCCUGGCCAUCUUGGGGGCCAGAGUUCUCCAGGAACAUCUCAGCACCCACCAAGUCUCUCACCAAAGCCAUCUACCAGAAGUCCUUCUCCUCCCACUCAGCCUACAGGCCAGGCUUCAGGCCAACCAUCGGCUGCCCCCCAACUUUCUGCUCCCCGGAGGUACUCCAGCAGCCUGUCUCCAAUACAAGCUCCCAACCACCCGCCGCCUCAGCCCCCAAACCAGGCUACAACUCUGAUGCAUACCAAACUGAGUAGCCAGGGCUUUCCUAACCCCAUGGCACUGCCCAGUGAGCAUGGACUUGAGCAGCCAUCUCACACUCCUCCCCAGACUCCAACCCCCCCCAGUACUCCACCUCUGGGAAAACAGAAUUCCAGCUUGCCAGCUUCUCAGACCCAGGCGGUGAGUAAUCCUGAGACUGUGCAGCCACCUGCUGGAACCUUACCAAGACCGAGACCAAUACCAAAGCCAAGGAACCGACCCAGCGUGCCCCCACCCCCUCAUCCUCCUGGCGCCCACUUGGCUGGGGAUGGCAACCUCACCAACACAGUGCCCACAGCUUCCAAAAUAGUAACGGAUGCCCUUCCUAAUGCCCUCACAGAUGCCAAUUCUAGGGCUUCAGAACCGCUUCGCAGCAUCAUCCCUGAACUGCACUCAGACUCGGCAAGCAAAGACCUGCCUGGCCGCAUCCUGCUGGACAUGGACAAUGAUACAGAGAGCACUGCCCUGUGAAGAAAGCCGCCUCCUACCCUUGAUCUAGUCCACCCUAGGGAGUGGAGCAGGGGCAGGCAGACAGUUAAUCUCUGCAGACCCAACAGCGAAAAGCUUUCAGUGGAGGGAAAAGAAGGCCUCGGGACGCCGGCCUUGGCCUUCUGCCCAGCCCAGGAGAGAGCAGAGGCCGACACUUAAAGCUGCAUGACCUGUGUCUUGAAGAUGGUGGCUUUCUUUAAAUGGGAAAGAAAUCAUGCCAAAAAGAACCCUAGAACAGAAAGAGUAUUACUACCGAGAUACGUAUAGGAAGCUUUUGUCAUUGCCGUUAAUGCAGCAGCAUCAGCGGCAGUUCAGGACGAAUAUGGAGCAAUGCGUUAACUAGCUAUUUAAUAAAACCCAUUAACUGUGCAGGUCGCCUACUGCCUGCCACUUGGACUCUUACUCUUACAUCUUAGGAGGGAGGUUCUGCUCCGUCAGACUUGCCACAGAAUCAUUUUGUAUUAAGUAUGGUCUCUGUCUUCCCCGGCCCCCCCAAGACCAUGAGCGUUGAUGGUGACCGCUGGAUCCGUCACCUCGUGAAACUGGAUGGGACUCGGCCUUGUCGGAUUGCCAGAAUGGAGAAAGAAAUGUACUGUUCUUUUUUUUAAAAAAAAAAAAUGUAAUUGCUACUUGAUAAGGACUGAACAUCAUUCUAGUCUCAUGUUUAAUUUGAAUUAAAUAUAUUCUGUGGUUUAUAUGAAAA